AAUAAAGCAAAUAUGGCUGUGGCAUCAGCAGCCCAAUUGACUGCAAACGGAGCUCUGAAAAUGGCGACUACCAGUCAAGCAUAUUUGGAAGGUGACAAGGUCAAAGAGACCAAGUCCUUAAUCGCUGAGCUCUGCCGUCAUUUCUACAAUCAGGGAUGGGUUUCCGGCACCGGCGGAAGCAUCACCAUUAAAGUACAUGAUGAAUCCGUUCCUAAAUCCGAACAACUUAUCGUUAUGUCUCCUUCUGGGGUGCAAAAGGAAAGGAUGGUGGACGAGGAUAUGUAUAUUAUGGCAUCAGAUGGGUCUAUUUUAUCUGCGCCGGUGGCUAAACCUACCCCUCAUAAACCUCCUAAGUGUUCUGAUUGUGCUCCUCUUUUUAUGAAGGCAUAUCAGAUGCGUAAUGCUGGCGCUGUUAUCCACAGUCAUGGAAUGGAAUCCUGUCUUGUAACGAUGCUCAAUCCACUAGCAAAAGAAUUUCGGAUCACUCAUAUGGAAAUGAUAAAAGGAAUUCAAGGGCAUGGUUACUAUGACGAACUUGUGGUUCCUAUCAUAGAGAACACUGCAUAUGAGAGAGAACUCACAGAAUCUCUUGCUGAAGCUAUCAAAGCUUACCCAAAAACAACAGCUGUGCUGGUCCGCAACCAUGGUAUAUAUGUAUGGGGAGAUUCUUGGAUCAGCGCUAAAACACAGUCUGAGUGCUACCACUACCUCUUUGAUGCUGCAAUUAAACUUCAUCAAUUAGGAAUUGACUGGACAACACCAGCUCAUGGUCCCAUUCAGAAUGCAAAAAUAUCUGCACUUGCUCCAAAUGGCAGCAUAAAGUCAUCAAGGCGGUGCAUCGUUUUGGAUAUCGAAGGAACCACUACCCCAAUAUCAUUUGUUUCUGAUGUUCUAUUCCCUUAUGCACGUAAUAAUGUUGGGAGACAUUUGGAUGCAACAUAUGAUUCAGCAGAAACUCAACAGGAUAUUAAGUUAUUACGUGCUCAAGUGCAACAAGACCUGGAAAAUGGUGUUGCUGGUGCUGUGUGUAUCCCAGCUGAUGAUGCUGGGAAAAUGGAGGUAAUUGCAGCUUUGGUUGCUAAUGUUGAGGCAAUGAUUAAAGCUGACCGCAAGAUUACUGCCUUGAAAGAGUUACAGGGACAUAUUUGGCAAACUGGGUUCCAGAACAAUGAGUUAGAGGGACUUGUUUUUGAUGAUGUACCUGCAGCUCUUGAGAAAUGGACCGCUUUAGGCAUCAAGGUGUACAUAUACUCAAGCGGCAGCAGAUUGGCACAGAGGCUUUUGUUUGGUCACACAAAACACGGAGACCUGAGAAAAUUUCUCUAUGGGUUUUUCGAUACAACAGUGGGCAACAAGAGAGAAACAAAAAGUUAUGCAGAAAUUACAGCGUCGUUGGGAGUAGAUAAUCCAUCAGAGAUUUUGUUUGUGACAGAUGUCUAUCAAGAAGCCACAGCUGCAAAGGCAGCAGGUUUGGAUGUGAUAAUCUCCAUCAGACCUGGAAACGGACCUCUUCCAGAUAAUCACGGGUUCAGGACAGUCAAAUCAUUUUCGGAGAUCUAAAGAUGGAAUGUGUUAUUCUAUAAACAUCUUCCAUGUAUUGUGUAACAUUAACAUAAUAAAAGCAGGUUGGGAGUUGAUCAAUUGUCAAAAAGUAGAGCCAAUUGAGUCACAAUAUGCUGCUCUUACCUACUUUCUGCGUGUUCUGACUUAUGAUUAGUGUCAACUAGUCUUCUUUUUCUUGUUGUAUUGAGAUGGUAAUAGUUUUAUCUUGUGAGAACUAUUGUUGGAGAUUUAUGUUUUCAUAGUUCCAUUUUCAAA